GUGUGGGGAUCAAAGUUUCUUUGGUAGAUGUAUGCUGUGUAAAAGCUAUCUGUGUGUGUUACUUUAUUAAGGCUUUACUCCUCAUGAGUCUUGUGAUUCAAGGCAAACUGUUUGGAUAAAGGCCUACCAAUGUUUGAACAACUUCAGACACAAGCACACAUGGUAGAGUUUCAAGAGACCACUCAUGUGUAUAUUGUGCAUGACACGUAGAUAUUGCUUUGGUCAUAGCUCCAUGCUUGGAUCAUGCUCUUAUCCAGGAGUAGUCAAAGCGAGCUCAUUUUCAUUGGAAAUUCACCUACUUAUUCAAUAGUUUUCAUCAAAUACUGGCAAUUCCUUUUAUUGAGCACCUGAACUCGUUGAUUGCAUUUCUUCCAUUUGCCAGAUUGUUAUGUUAUGGAUGCUAGCUGUUUUCUAUGCAUUCUGUGGUAAAGGAUAAAUGUUGAAGGAGUGUUUGAUUAUCUCAAAGGAAAUUACGAAGUCUUUUUUCAUCAGUACGCUGUUCUUGAUAUAAUUCAAGCUGCCAUGCGAUUUGGACAGGAUGGAGAUGCUUAUGCAUCAUUGCUUAUGAACCAGGGAAGUGGUCUGAAGCGCAGUCCCAGUCAGAAAGAGUUCCAGUCACAGGCAAGGAGAGAUGCAGAGCAUCACUUAGCCCAAGAGAUGGACAGGUUAUUAGAUACCUGUCCUGAAGAAAGCAAAGCUGCUCUAGGGAAAGAUUUUGAAGGCUACAAACAAUUGUUUGCUCAGUUUCUUGAGGAAGCAGGAACAGGAGCAGCUGUGGAAUGGGAUGACAUUCAACCACCACCAUCAGAUGCUGUGAUUGCAUAUAAUGAGUUACCUAGCUACGACCCAGCUUUUACCCGUGAGUACUUGGAUAAGCUGGUAGUGAUCAAACUGAAUGGUGGUCUAGGUACCAGCAUGGGAUGCCAAGGACCAAAGAGUGUCAUCAGUGUCAGAAAUGAACUUACAUUUCUUGACUUGACUGUCCGCCAAAUCGAGCACCUGAACAAAACACAUGGCUGCAAUGUACCUUUAGUACUGAUGAACUCCUUUAACACAGAUGAAGAUACAAAUAAAGUCCUUCGCAAGUAUGGCACUAUGAAUGUCAACAUCCAUACUUUCCAACAAAGCAGGUAUCCAAGAAUCAACAAAGAAUCCCUUCUGCCAAUAGCUAAAACAGCUGUGGUCUCUGGAGACAAUAUAGAAGAUUGGUACCCACCUGGCCAUGGUGAUAUUUAUGAGUCCUUCUCGAACUCUGGCUUGUUGGAUACCUUUAUCAAACAAGGAAAGGAGUAUCUCUUCUUGGCUAACAUUGACAAUCAGGGAGCAACAGUGGACCUACGCAUUUUAACAUUAUUGAUGAAUGAAAAGAAUAGAGAAAUGGUGAUGGAAGUAACAGAUAAGACGAGGGCUGAUGUCAAGGGUGGUACUUUAAUCCAGUAUCACAACAAAUUGAGAUUGCUUGAGAUAGCCCAAGUACCAAAAUGGCAUGUUGAUGACUUCAAGUCUGUCUCCAAAUUCAAGAUUUUCAACACCAACAAUCUGUGGAUUAAGCUGGAUGCCAUAAAACGAGUAGUUGAAAAUAAAUCCUUGUCAAUGGAGAUCAUUGUCAAUAAUAAGACUCUGGACAAUGGUUUAAAUGUGAUCCAGCUGGAAAGAGCUGUCGGAGCUGCUAUGAAAAACUUUGACAAUCCACUUGGUAUCAAUGUUCCUAGGAGUCGUUUCCUUCCUGUUAAGAAGACACAGGAUCUCUUGCUGAUUAUGUCUAACCUGUACACUCUGAAGUCAGGUACUCUUGGAAUGAGUCCUUUACGACAGUUCCCAAGUACACCUAUCAUUAAGCUAGGCACACAGUUUGAUAAGGUCCGAGAUUUCUUGAAGAGAUUUGCCAGUAUACCCAACCUCAUUGAAUUAGAUCACCUGACUGUCUCGGGGGAUGUUACAUUUGGUAAAGAUGUAGUUCUUAAAGGUACAGUGAUAAUCAUUGCCAACCAUGGAGAAAGAAUUGAUAUCCCACCAGGUGCCAUAUUAGAAAACAAGAUUGUAUCUGGAAAUCUAAGAAUCUUAGAUCAUUGAUUUGAUUGGAAGUCCAAUAGAUGUAUAUCCUGAAAUCUAAUUGAGCUUGUACUACAUUGUUGCAUGAUAUGUAUGGCAAAGACAUUAUUCUAUAUUCAAAAGAUGUGUACAGAAAUAUAUUUUGUAUCAACCAAUUAUUACACAUAAUUUGUGACUUUGCUGUCACAUCAGUUGUGAAAUUGGAGAACCUUCCAAUUAAUGAUUUCAGUAAUGGCAUGGCUAGUGUUUGAAGUGUAUACUUUUAACUCAUCAUUACAUCAUAAUAAACAAGGAGUGGUAAUGUGGUUUUCUUGCUUUGAAAGAAAUUGGUGGUCAUUUGAUUUAAUUGAAUAUUACUCGAGAAAUUACUUUUAUUGAUAUCCAACAAAUAUGAAGCGUUGUUUCUAUUCUUUCAGUUGAAUUGAAGUGAUGUGAAAUAGCUGUGAUUAAAUCAAAGCUGAUGUGUAUUAUGAUUUAAGUUGUGCACACCCCUUGUUGUACACUGCCUGAUGAAGUUACCACUUUGUGAGAAAUGACAUUUGCUCUUUUACUGAAUCAAAUCUUCUACUUUUUCCUGUUACAAGCCUGAAAAAAGCUUGUAUUUGAUGUCUAUGUAUAUUGUUAUAUAUAUUGUGCCAAAUUUAAAUCCUGCACGAAUAGAAAUAUGUGACAAUAUGCUUUUCAAACAUUGUGACUAAACUGUUAAAUCAUUAAUAGUUAAAAAGCUACUUGAAAGGGCAGGACCGAAGCCAGCGCUUUGCAUCCACAUUAUUAAAGGAGAAUGAAACCCUUGAAAUCAAAUAGAAAAAUCAAAGAAACAUAUUGUUGAAAGUUUGAGGAAGAUUGAAUGAAUAAUAAGAAAGUUAUGAGCAUUUGAAUAUUGAGAUCACUAAUGCCAUGUAGAUCAUGCCAUGUAGAUCCUCCCAUUGGCAAUGCGACCAAGAUCUGUGAUGUCACACUCGUACAACUCCCUCAUUACUUUAGUACUUAUUUCACUUAUAUUCUCACUUUUAUAGAGUCUAUCACAAGGUGAGGUGUUCUCUUUAUGAGAGGACAAGUACAGAGGUUUAACAACAUUAUAUCAUUGAUGAAUCGUUUGUCAUAUGAUUAGAAAUGAGCAAAAAGAGAUGUUUUGGGGUAUAUUAUCAGUGUCCAAAAGGGGAGAGUUGUUCAUCUGUGACAUCAUAGAUCUUGGUCGCAUUGCCAAUGGGAGGAUCUCCAUUGCAUUAGUGAUCUUGACAUUCAAAUGCUCAUAACUCUUCUAUUGCUAGUCCUAUUUUACUCAAACUUUUGUUGAUCUUAUUCUUUGAUUUUUCUGCUUUCACAAAAGCUAACUUGCUCCAAGAGUUUCAUUCUCCUUUAAGUUGAAUACUCAUCGUAUUGGUGAUUACAAUAGGUGCUUAGAAUAUUCCGUUGUUAGAUCUAAGUCUCACCGAAAUUCAGCACACGCUUUAUAACAAAAAAUGCUCUCUUCAUAAUGGUCCUAUGUUAAACAGUGCUUAACAUGAUAAACUCGAUCUUCACACUCACAUUAAUUUGUUUAUUGAGAUACAAAGCUUGUUCUUUAAAUAAAAGUGUGCUUUAAAUGUCUAAAUUUCAGAUUAGAAUACCAACAAUUUUCAGCUCACGUUUCGCGCUCGAAUCAUUUCUUUAGCAAGACACCCAUCCUUUUCAUGAUUACAAAAAAGUGAAUGGAACAUCCCAUCAUUAGGAUUAAACCUAUAAAAGCUUGUGUUUCACAUUGUUUAUUGGAUAUAUAUUUUGUUAUUAAAAAAGUCCACUUAGUGUCAUUUUUUUUCAUAUCAAGAAUUUCAGCUUGCGCUUUGCGCUCAGAUCAAUUGUUCAUUUAGAUACCCGAACUUAACAUUAGUACAAAAAGUGCUGAGAAUUUGAAGCUUUCAGGUCAGAAUAUCAAAAGCAUUACACCUUGCGCUGCGCGCUUGCAUUAUUUAGUUGUUGAGAUAUGUAUCCUUCGCAUGAGUCACUGUAAACAGUCCUAGACAGUUCCCUUUUCUUCUUUUUUUUGGUCAGUAUAUUACAGAUUCUAGUUGGUGCUUUUCGCUCGCGUUAAUUGUUUAGAUCUAAGUUACUUAGGUACUCAUCUUAAUCAUUAUUACCAAAAUUACUCUGAGGGUUCAAUUUUCAGAAUACUUUGAAUAAUUUAAGAAUGAGCUUGUCCUUCCAUAAUAUAUUUUAUUGGCCGAUCAGGGAAAAUAUAGAUGAUUUUAUGAACUGAUCAUAAUAUAGAAAGGUUCACUAUUUCUAAUUUGGAACCCCCUCAUGGAAAAUUUUCCAAAAAAAUCUAUUAUAAAUUUCUUUGCUCAAAUGUGAUUUCAUUUGGAAACUGUCCCAGUAUAAUCUUCCUUUCUUGUUUUUUUUAAGUGACUGUUUUAAAAUGACUUAGAGUUAUUAUUGUCUAUGCCAUCAAGAAAGUUAUUUUUAGUUAGAUGUGAACCUAGUGUAGAUGAAACAUGUAACAAGAAUUAGUCAAGGACCAAUCAACAGUAUGUACACAAUCUCUUUUCCCUCAGACCAAAAAAUAAAUAAAUUCACCCACCAAAUAAAUUAUUUUAGAUGUCAAAAUAUUGAUUAUGGCAAGAACAUCCAGAUAAUAUGUUGGCUUAUUAUAACUGAUGCCAUUAACUAAUUCUUGUCUCUCAGUCCUUGUUUCAUUAAUUAAUUUGUACUAUCUUUAGAUAAUAAGUGUAUAAUCAGGAUAGUUUCAUAAUCUGUAUUAAUCAAUUAUUAUUGUAUCCCCAGCUAUAUGCAAAUAUUUGUCUAUUGCUGCAAAAUUUGGGCAUUAACAUUUAACAUUUAAUUUUUUUCAAGAAAGAAACAUCAUUACUAAAUACUACAGGGUUCCCAGCCCAUCAGAGAAAUCAGGGGAAAUUAUUUUAUUUUUUCCAGUUAGGGAAAAAUCUUGGAAUUCAAUCAAAGAUACUUAAAAUCAGGGGAAAAUGCUUCAAAUGAGGGAAAAAUCGGGGAAUUUUGAUAAGCCCAAAAGUCGAAAGUAUGGUAGUCAGUCAGACUCUGUUAUAUUUCAUUGCAUAUUGAAACAACAUCCAUUGAAUGACUGGUUAUGGUGGUAUUAAUUUGUUUUACAUUAUUGUUUUUAUACUGAACAUACAUGUAAUUCACUGUAACAAUUUAGAAAACAUGUGAAACUGGGAAUGGGUUUAAAUAUUUAUCAGGGAAUUUUUAAACUUCAGGGAAUAAUCAGAGAAGUUUGUUUUCUUGAAAAACUGGGAACCCUGUACUAACACUUUAAGUUUUUAUUCUCAAUUUUACUGAAUGAUAUGUAUUUCCUCGAUAUAUGAUCCAUGUGGAGAGACUAUAACUUUGAUUGGGACAAGGUUCAAUGGUGAGAUAACUCAAUUGCAAAUCAAAUCAGCAGCUGAUAAUUUAGGAAAAGAUUUUUUUAAAGGCAUUUAAGGGCCUUUGUUAUCGGUCAAAUAAUGAUGCAAUGGGGACAUGUAGGGAAGGAUUAAAGAUUUAUCAUACGUGUGUAUGGGGUUUUUUAUGUUAUGUAUUCAGCUAGUGUGAUGGAGUUAUCACUGGUCAAAUCUUUAUGUUGAUGGAAACUCCAAGUUGUACAUUGCCUUUAUCAUUCAUAAAAGUUGUUCUUUCUGCAGUGGGGGCAUGUCAUAGACCUGUGUAUUUAAUGUAAGUCUUGGUACAUAAUCCAUUUGACUGAACAUUUGAAAAUAAUAUGUGAAUUAUGAUGGCAAUUUAAUCUUGUGGGAAAAUUUAUAUAGACAUUGUUGUAUUUUUUUUUAUUAGAAGCCUAUUUGUUGUAGUAAUAUUGUAGAGAGUUACAGUGGAUAUUUUUUUUCAUUUCUACAGGUAACACUGCGUAAAAUAAAAUCUGGGCUAAAAGAUGGCUUUGACUUAAAUGACUAUUUGACUUAUCGAAGGUCAACUAAGUAAGUUUCUUUUGGUUGGUAUAUAUUAUCAGACUACGUGGUUACAAUGUUGCAGUUGGGGUAAUGAGCAGGAACUGUUUGAGUAGUUCAUGAUUGGAACUGGUGUAUGAUGUUUAAUGAAAUAAAAUGAUUUAUUAAAAGGAUAUACACUGCAUAUUUUAUGAAUAGUCUUCACCAUAGUGAAAUUUAUACUAUUUCUGAUAUUUUGUUUCGAAAUGUUUUUAUAUUUUCAGUUUGCUUAUUUUAAAAUGAACUUGGCUGAUAAAGUGCAUCUCUAAUGAAAUAAAAGUGUAGCUCAAUUUUA